UCACAGCAGUGCGAGUCUGCUAACACCCAGUUUGCGAAUCCAUAGUCACCCCCACCACCCCACCGCUGGCCUAGGACCCAAGCAAUUACUUGCCAUGAAGAGACAUUCUGAUGAAGAGAGGAACCCACAAAAGAACAAAAAAGGAAGAGAAUGGAAAGAACAAGAUCCAGUCAAUCGACGUCAUGGCCUGAAAAAUCAAGGAGCCACAUGUUAUCUCAACAGUAUUCUGCAGUUUCUCUUCAUGAGACCUGAGAUAUAUGAUCUGUUGAAUGAAUCUUCUGAAACAUCAGUUGAGCUGAGAAACCUCUUUGAAAAACUGAAGGAUGAAGAAUGUGGAACAGAAGGUAUCACAACUGCUUUGGGGAUUCAAGAUGUCCAUCAACAACAUGAUGCUGCUGACUGCCUGGAACAGAUUUUACUUAAGGUCAACCAAGAAGUCUCUAAGACUUGUGAGGGGAAUCUCACCUACAAUACAACAUGCUCUGAAGAACACAUCAUUAACAAAGAGGAAAAUAAUUUCUGGAUUCUACCGCUGUCACUCAGAGAUAACCAUGAUGAAACUUACAGUGUGAAAAGGGGGUUUGAAAAUGUUUUCAAAACCCAAUCAUACAAUGAAGACAUGGUGUAUUGCGAAACAUGUAAGAAGAAAGCAAAGGCAACGAGUCAAUGUAAGAUCACAAAGUUCCCUAGCAUCUUAAUUCUUCUUCUCAAGAGAUUUGGGUUUGACUACAACAGCAUGUCACAUUUCAAAUCAGACUGCUUUGUUGAUGUGCCAGCUGAAUUAAAAAUAACGGACAAGAAGUACAAAGUGUAUGGGAUAGUGAAUCACAUGGGCAACCUAUCAGGUGGACAUUACACAGCCACUGUCCUAUCGAAAGAGGACAACACCUGGUACUACUGUGAUGACACACGUAUAACAAAGGAGAAACAGCCAUUUGUAGGAAACGGGAUAUACAGCUCCAAGACUGCAUAUCUGCUCAUGUACAGAGUGGACAAACAGGACACUGAUAGAGUUGCACAUGCAGGGACAGAACAACAAGAACAAGUGACUGACACCACAAAAAUUGUGGACAAAACGCAUGUGAGAGAUGCAGGAACAGAAAAAGAAGAUGAAAGGAUGGGCCUCAUCAUAAUAGUGGAUGAGCAGAGCGUCAUAAAAACAGUGGAAGAAACAGCCAUGGAUGAAGUUGAGACAGAAAAAGAUGAUAAGAUCAGGGGCAAAACAAUGAGGGAAAAGGACGCUGAGAUAGUGGGAGAGGAGGGGAAAAAACAUAACGAUGCAGUGAUGGACAGUGUGACAACGAUAGAUGAAAAUCCUAGUGACAAAGGGAGAGAGCGGUCAGAAAAAAAAGUGACACUGGACAAACAGGACACUGACAGAGUGGCACAGGAGGGGAUAGAACAACAAGGACAAGUGAUGGACAUCAAGAAAACAGUGGUCGAAAAAGAAGCUGAUAAAGUGAAAGAUGCAGGAACAAAAAAAGUAGAUGAAGCAACUGACACCAAAAUAAAAAUGGACAUGUGUAAAGUAAGCAAGAAGGGGAGAGAAAAAGAAAAUCAUGAAGUGAUGGUGAAAGACAGUAACAGAGUGGGGCAGGGGGAAGAAGAACUAACAAAGCCAUUGGUGGGAGCCAGUAUAAAUGCAAUGCAGGACAAUCAUUCGUCACAUCACUGCAUACACAGAAACAAUUUUUUCAUUCCUGUCAUUGUUGUCUUUAUUGUGGGAUUUGUGAUGACUGUCUGUAUAGGCAUCACCUGCUCAGUAGGAUAGAAAAGACAGUGAGACUCAUUAUUACUUAUCAUGGAUGGAUUCACAAAUGAUAGCAUUUUAUAUACCAGUGAUUUUCUUUCUAGAUUGAUAUAAUUGAAACCAUUUUAAUUGUAUUUUAAAUAAAAUAAUAGGCAAUUUCAUAAAUUAACUUUGUCAUUAUUUAACCAUGUUACCAUUAUAAAAUAAUCAAGCAACAAAAUAAUUUGUUGAUUCAGAAUACAGUGGUCCCUUGCUAUAAUGCGGUUCGCUUUUCACAGCCUCGCUGUUUCGUAGAUCUUUUUUGUAACCCUACAGUAUAGCAUGCGUUCAACUUGUGAAAUUUGCAUAAAUCUUUGAUCACUAGCAGUGUAACCCUGAAGUUCAGUACAGCACACAGUACAGUUUUCUCCCCAACAAACACAAAAAUUGUGACGAAACAUUUUGCACCAUCAAAGGCAACUGCGGGUGCCUUUGGUUUCAUUCUAUAAUACUGGACUUAUUUUUCUACAAAGGUUUGAACUUUGAGUGUUUAAACAAGAGAGAAAAGUCUUAAAAUGUUCAUAUCUGUCUAAGAAAAGUGUAUAAAGCGUGUAGUGAGGGGUUUUACAGUCUUAAAACAUCUACGGUAUUUUCCGCACAUUAAAAUCCUUUAGUUUUCUCAAAAUUGCCAGUGAGCCUUAUAUUUCGGUGCACCUUAUGUAUGAAUUCUAGUUGUUUACUGACCUCGAACCGAUUUUAUCUGGUACACGGCGCUCAAAGAUCUGUCAAAAAAUGUUUUAGUACAACUUUGGUAAGCCACAAAGCAGCACCACUUGAUGGAUUGCAGUAGCAUUAUGGCUACUGUACUCAGGAGCCUCGUGGACUCAUAGUAAUCUGGGUCCAAAACAGAACAAAACAGAGGGACAAACAAUAACAAUAAACAAUAACGUGGCACACAGCUGACGUGAAAAAAGGCACAUACCUUUAACAUUGCAUGACAAACUCUGUAUUCCUUAUCCACACGUGAAGGCAAAAAAUGAGUUUUAAAAAAUCUCAGUUUUCGGUGAUUCGAAACGCCAUUUACGUGUGGAUGAAACAGCUGCGU